CUCUUCUACUGGACAAUGAAACAUAUAAGUUGUUUUUCUGUCAAAGAUUUAAAUCCUACCGUAUUCAUAAAGACCUUGAUUUUUCUGGUUCUCCUGGGAAUAAAUGGCGCGGCGGCAGUGACUCACUCUCUGAAGUAUUUCUACACUGGUUCCUCUCAAGUCCCAAACUUCCCAGAGUUUGUGGCUGUUGGGAUGGUUGACAAUGAUCAGAUUGAUUACUAUGACAGCAACACCAGGAGGGCAGAGCCUAAACAGGACUGGAUGAAGAAAGUCACCGAAGAUGAUCCACAGUACUGGGAGAGGGAGACUGGGUUCCUUGCAGGUCGCCAGCCGAUCUUCAAGGGCAACAUUGAGAUCGCAAAGCAGCGCUUCAACCAAACUGGAGUCUCUCUCUCAGGUGUCCACAUUGUCCAGACAAUGUACGGUUGUGAAUGGGACGAUGAGACUGGAAAGGUAAAUGGUUACAAUCAGUAUGGUUAUGAUGGAGAAGAUUUCAUAGCCUUCGACCUGCAGACAGAGACAUGGACGGCUCCAAAACCAGAGUCUUUCAUCACCAAACAGACGUGGGACGAUAACAAAGCUCUGAUCACACAGCAGAAGCAAUACCUCACCCAGAUUUGUCCUGACUGGGUGAAGAAGUAUGUGGACUAUGGGAGGAGCUCCCUGCUGAGAACAGAGCUUCCCUCCGUGUCUCUCCUCCAGAAGACUCCCUCCUCUCCAGUCAGCUGCCACGCUACAGGUUUCUACCCUGACAGGGCCGUGAUGUUCUGGAGGAAAGGUGGAGAGGAGCUUCAUGAGGACGUGGACCAAGGAGAGACCCUCCCCAACCACGAUGGGACCUUCCAGAGGAGCGUUGACCUGAAACUUUCGUCAGUCGCGCCUGAGGACUGGGGGAAGUACGAAUGUGUGUUUCAGCUCUCUGGUGUGAAGGAGGACAUCGUCACCAAACUGGAGAGACCAGUGAUCAGGAGCAACGGAGAGAAGCCCACCGACAUGACCGUCAUCAUCGUUGCCGCGGCGGUCGUUCUUGCUCUCGUCAUCAUCGCUGCCGCUGGAUUCCUCAUCUACAAAAACAAGAAUGCCAAACGGCCUCCAUCUCCUGUGAGCAACCCGGAGGUCUUGGAGCAACUGAAUCCGAGUUCCUGAAUGACAAAAACACACCACCCUGAACACAGUUUGUGGGUAGAUUUUGCACUGGAACGAGGAGCGGUGCCGCCACGUUCUCCUCCGUAGACUGGGAAUUCAUUGGUUAUUCAUCAUGCAAAUCAUAACUUGAUAGAGACAGGGUUGGGAAUGGAGUAGUAGAUGCUUAUUGAUUGGAAUACAGCGAACACAAGUUGAAAAUUGAAUUGAAAUAAUAUUUUUUUUAAAAUGGUGUCAGUAAAUAAAUUCGAUCGUUUAGUUUAAAAUUUAAAAAAGUGGAAUUUCCUCAGAAAAAAUGUUUGCUUAAAUAAUGGUAAAUCAAAUGAGGUUAAUGAUGAUUAUUUUUUCCGUACCUGGGGAGAAGUAAAACAUGAUAUUCAAAAUAGUGAAAGCAUCGCAGCACCGUUCAUGCAUACACAGUUAAUUUAAGGAUUUGCGUGUCCAUUUAAAACAAAUCCAGCAUAGUUACAGUUUCAUUUUUCUGGUGUUGGGGUCUUCCUUCAAAUCCAUAAUGAUAAUACGAAUCUAAAUAUCUAGACACACACACAUCCACAUGCUGUACAUGCAUUCACCUUUUCAUAUAUGUACUCCUGGGGUCUGGCGAUAGGAUGAUGUAAACUUUGAGAUAGCACAUGUUGGCCAAGCAGUAGAGUUUUUGACACUGUUUAUAAAUCAGUCAGCAACAUCCAAAAACAUGCUACGUAAAUUGGAGACUCUUAAGUUUUCUUUUCCAUGUGGUUAAUACUCCAUCUCUAAAUGGUCCCUUAAUUUAAUUUCCAGCAAGAAUACUACUUCAUGAAAUAUGUGAAGUAACAUAUAAUUACAAUGUGCAAUGAUCGGUUGUAUCAGUGUUGCCCACGCCCUCAACACAAACGCACACCAAACAUAAGCAUCAGUACAAAAUUUAUUUUGUGUAAAUACUCUGCCUGUAUAUUUCCUUAAAACUAAUCAAAGUUAAAGACGUUGUUUUGAUUCUGAUCAGGCCGGAAAUAAUUCAGGCAUUUUGAGGUUUUUCUUAAUUAAUCAAGAGUAUAUUGUUUUUAGUUUCAUAAUAUCCACACUUUUGUCUUUUAAAGAUUUUAAUUUUAUCUGAGAUUCCUAGGGGUUGCAGGAUGUUUUAAGCUUCUCGGCACACUGAUAAAAAUGUUCUUGAAAAUAUUUCCUGCUAGUUUUUAGGGACAAGGCAUGUAGAAAAUUGAACAGGAAUGCUCAAAAUUCAGUCUUGUGUUGUGUUACCUAAACGAAUGUUAAAUCAAGUCGCACAGCUCUCUCCUUCCUUUUGUACUUCUGUUUGGCUUUUCAAUAAAGUCCCCAGUAUUCCAAAUUUCUAUGA